UGAAUUUAGAUCCAAACGGCGUCGUCUUCAGCUUCCAGUUUCCUCUUCUCAUUCUCAAUCGAUGCUCCGUAUUCCAUACUCCAGCGGCGGGGUUGACGAAAGACCAUGGUACUGCGCCGCUUCAACCGCCGCCACCUCCGGCUGAUUCUCAGCCGCUAUCAGCACCGUGGAUUUGCGACUAAGUACAGCGGCAGAGUGGUGGUGGAAGCCGAUAAUGGCCGGUCAUUCGCCAUCGAAGUCGAUUCCCCGACUCUCCAAACUGACGUCCGCGGCUACGCUCUCCCUCGCCGAGACCUUAUCUGCAAGGUCGCUCAGAUUCUCCAGGCGCCGCCGUCUCUGUCAUCGGACCGGUUCCUCGACCUCUCCGACUACCUCGAGACCUUGUCUCUAUCGUUAACCCCCUCCGAAGCCUCCGAAGUUCUCAAGUCUCUCAAAUCCCCAACCCUAGCUCUCCAGUUCUUCCGAUUCUGCCCCGAGAAUAUCCCGAAUUUCCGCCACGACGCCUUCACUUACAACCGCAUCAUUCUCACCCUCUCCAAGUCCUCUCUCCCCACCCGCCUAGAUCACAUCCGCGAAAUCGUAAGUGAAAUGGAACGCGCUGGCACACGUGGUAACAUCUCCACCGUCAAUCUUCUCAUCGGAGUUUUUGGGAGCGGCGAAGCGGAAGUUUGUAGUGAGUUGAAGAGAUGCUUGGAGCUGGUUAAGAAAUGGGACUUGAGGUUAACUUGCUAUACUUACAAGUGUCUUCUGCAGGCGUAUCUGAGAUUGAACGAUUCGAGUAAGGCUUUGGGAGUUUAUCGAGAUAUAAGAAUGCGGGGGUACAAAUUGGAUAUUUUUUCAUACAAUAUGCUUCUUGAUGCUCUUGCCAAGGAAGAAAAGGUUGAACAGGCACACAAGGUUUUUGAAGACAUGAAAAAGAGGUACUGUGAGCCUGAUGUGUAUACAUAUACAAUUCUGAUUAGAAUGAAUGGAAAAACUGGGAAGCCGAAUGAAUCACUAGUUUUAUUCCAAGAAAUGCUGUCAAAAGGUUGCUCUCCUAAUUUGAUUGCUUAUAACACCGUGAUUCAAGCACUCUCUAAGGGUCGGAUGGUUGACAAGACUCUCUUUCUUUUUUCUAAGAUGAUAGAAAACAAUUGCAGGCCAAAUGAGCUUACGUACAGCUUUAUUUUAUAUGCUUUGGCAGCAGAAGGGAAUCUUCAUAGACUUGAUGAAGUUGUGGAAAUUUCUGAGAGAUACAUGAAUAAGUCCAUAUAUGCGUACCUUGUAAGGACACUCAGUAAAUUAGGUCAUGCUGGUGAAGCUCACAGGCUGUUCUGCUCCAUGUGGAAUUUCCAUGAUAAGGGAGAUAGGGAUGCUUACUUGUCCAUGCUAGAGAGUUUAUGCACUGCUGGGAAGGUAACCGAGGCUAUAGACUUGCUGAGUAAGAUGCAUGAAAAAGGGAUAGGUACUGAUACCUUCAUGUAUAAUGUUGUUUUUUCUGCUCUUGGAAGACUAAAGCAGAUUCCACAUAUUCAUGACCUUUACGAGAAGAUGAAGGAGGCUGGUAUAUCACCAGACUUAUUCACGUAUAACAUUUUGAUAUCUAGCUUUGGCAGAGCUGGAAGAGUUGCAGAAGCUGUCAACAUAUUUGAAGAACUUGAGAAUAGUAAUUGGAAGCCUGAUAUUGUCUCAUACAACACCUUAAUAAAUUGUCUAGGGAAGAAUGGCGAUCUUGAUGAAGCGCAUAUGAGGUUCAGAGAGAUGCAAGAGAAGGGUUUAAAUCCAGACGUGGUCACAUAUAGCACACUCAUUGAGUGUUUUGGCAAGACUGAUAAAGUUGAGAUGGCGUGUCAGUUGUUUGAUGAGAUGCUUGCUGACGGAUGUAGCCCAAACAUAGUCACAUACAAUAUCUUACUGGAUUGUCUCCAGAGAUGUGGGAGAACUGCUGAUGCAGUUAAUUUUUAUGCAAAACUAAGAGAACAGGGUUUAGUACCAGAUUCGAUCACCUAUGCAAUUCUUGAUCGGUUGCAAAGUGGUUCACAACGGACAGUUAGAAUUCGAAGGCAGAAUCCAAUAACUGGUUGGGUUGUUAGUCCAUUAAGGUGAUGAGAACUAUCCUGAGUGACCUGCAAGCCCACAUCUAUUUUAUGUAGCCUGAUUCAAUUUCUUACUCUCUUUAUCUUU